AUGGAGCUGAUGGUGCUGCUCAACGCUCUGGUUACUCGCCUGCUCUUUGUCUUGCACUCGCUCAUCGGGGUCUGGAGAGUGACCGCUGUGAAGAAAGAACCCAAGUACUGGCUGCUGGCACUGCUCAACCUUCUCCUGUGCCUGGAGACGGGGGUCACGCUCAAGUUUAAACCAGGGAGAGGGUUUUCACCAGCAAUAUUUUUAUAUCUGAUUUGCACAGUGCCGUCACUAUGGCUACUAGAAAUUCAUCACGGGACUCAGUACUGUGGCAAUGAGCCUGGAGCAGUUCAGGUGAAUGUCAGCAACCAAGACUUCAAUCAAUCCAGAGAGAGCAGUCAUGGAAGUGAGGCAACAGAUCACCAUAUCAUUCAGACGGCUAAAGUCUUUGUGAAUCAGCUCUCCACAAUCUGUGAGACUGUAUGGACACUGGCCCUCCACCAGACUUUUCUACUGCUACUGGUAGUUGGGAGAUGGCUUCUACCCAUUGGGGUUGAAAUCACCCGGGAUCAGUUGUCUCAGCUGCUUCUCAUGUUUGUGGGAACAGCAGCAGACAUACUUGAGUUUGCUAGUGAAACCUUGGACAUCGAAGAUGUUCGGAAUAAUUAUGCUCUUAUAAAUGCAAUUCUUGCUGUAUGGACCUGGAGUAUGUUACAGUUUCCACUUGAUCUUGCAGUACAGCAUAUUGGCUGCAAAGCAACUGCAUCGACUAGGCGGCUCCCCAGCCUGCUGCUGUGCAGGUACAGUGCAGAACUGUGGAACAUUUGGGUCAGCCUUUUCAUACAGGACGGUCCCUUCUUCAUUGUGCGUUCAAUCCUCAUGGGCCACUUCAGAAUAUUCAAUCAGAUGCUGGUGUUUUUUACAGCUAAGAAUAUCUUGGUUGUGACUCUACAGUUGUAUCGUUUGGCAGUGAUCACAUUAGACUUCCGUGCCACAAUUCAGCAGAAGAGCAGGAAAGGAGAAGUCAGCUGUUGCCCCUGUGAGCCUUAUGAAGCUAGUGCUCAUGCUAUCGUUGACCAAGAGGCUGAAAUGAAACAGUUUAUUGCUCUUCCUCCAAAAGAGGAACCCCCAGCUCCAUCAGAAUACCAGUGA